AUGACGAAUAAUUUUGGCAUGUCGACUGACAAGAAAACAACCCUUGAUGAGUGUCGUAGACUACUGGAGGUGGCAAAGCUUCAAUUUUGUGAAUACAUUAUGAAGGCUAUGAGAGACGAGCAGCUUGAUAUAAUAGAACAAAUGACCAUUCUCCAUUAUCUCAUUGCUGUGAUCCUCCUCAAACACCUCAAACACCCUAAUGUCGUCGAAGAUAUGACAGUGACUGAAUGGCUUCUGAGAAGACACCAUCAUUUCAGUGUUGGGGAUAAUACAGUAAACGCUGCUAUUGUAACUGUGAAGAACUACAACACAUCAUUGCAGCUAGCUACUUCUUUCAUGCUUGAGGAGGAUGAGGAAAUGGUUUUUGAUAUUUAUUUCAGGAAACUCAGGCCCACAUUAUUAGGAAACAAUUUCCAGGACAGCAUAUAUUUUUUUAUAUCGACAACAGGUGAAAAAAUACAGAAUGCUUCUGAUUACCUCUUGGGAUUCCACCAAAGAUAUGAUCUCACGCCUGUCACAAGCCAAGAAAUCAGCCAUGUCGUUCAAAACUACGUGUCGCCUAAGUUUACGUGUGGUGGGAAGAGAGUAGUCGAUUACUAUUUGUCACACAAAGAUGAAAGAUUUAGAAAUUUGGAUGACCUGGUGAUGGGGUCAAGAAUUAUUAAUAAACUGGGAUCUGAGGAAGAUCUUCUGGCAUUAACCUCACGCAAAAGAAAACGAGAAUAAUUGUUCCAAUAAAUAUAAUGUCUGUUA